AUGUCCCCUGCUCCAGCAGCUGAGUUGGACUACAAACCCCUGGAUGGUGGUUGGGGUUGGGUGGUGGUGUUUGGAGCACACAUAUCCAUUGGAUUUGCAUACUCUACGCCCAAAGUCCUCUCCAUUUACUUCAAAGAGAUCCAGGAGGAUUUAGGAGCUGGCUCCAGUGAAAUGGCAUGGAUUUCCUCUAUCAUGCUAGCUGUCAUGUAUGCAGGCGGACCAGUGAGCACUGUGUUGGUCAAUCGCUUUGGAAGCCGGCCAAUAGUAAUACUGGGUGGACUGAUGUGUGGGCUCUCGAUGGUAGCUGCUUCUUUUGGGAGCUCCCUCCUUCACCUCUACUUUUGCAUUGGUGUCGUUGCAGGUUUUGGACUCUCCUUAAACCUCAAUGCGUCUCUCACCAUCAUCAGCAAGUAUUUUCUUGCCAGGCGUCCUUUAGCUAACGGACUGUCCAUGGCUGGGAGUCCGGUGUUUGUGUGUGUACUGGCCCCUGCCAACGAAUAUUUACUCCAAAAGUUUGGCUGGAGAGGAAGUCUCCUUAUCCUCGGGGGUCUGAUGCUGAAUUGUUGUGUUGCUGGGGCCCUGAUGAGGCCUGUCAUUCGGCCUCAUAAACCAUCCACUUGUGCACUGCAGAAGAACAUGGAGGAACAGCCAAAUACGUGCAACACAAAGCUAAAAGGAAGCUGCAUGAACAAUGCUAAGAAGUUCUUGGAUUGGACCUUCUUCAAGGAUAGAGGUUUCAUCAUUUACCUCAUUGGGAAUGUGUUGUUCAUCUUUGGUGCCUAUGCGCCCUUUGUGUUCCUGUCAGCCUAUGCUAUUACCCAAGGCAUUGAUGAGUACUCUGCAGCCUAUCUGCUCUCCAUUACGGGCUUUGUGGACAUGUUUAUUCGGCCUGGCACUGGCCUGAUAGCCAACAACAAGUGGGUCAGGCCCAGAAUACAGUAUUUUUUCAGCUUUGCCAUGAUUUUCAACGGAAUGUGCCACCUACUGUGCCCACUGAGCAAGAGCUACGCUUUCUUGGUGACCUACGCAGUAUUUUUUGGCAUGAGUUUCGGCAUGGUUUUCGCCCUAAUAUUCGAAUGCCUGAUGGACCUGAUGGGAAAUCAACGCUUCCCCAGUGCUGUUGGACUGGUCACCAUCAUCGAGUGCUUCCCCAUGCUACUGGGACCGCCUGCUGGAGGGUUACUGGUGGACAUCUUUGGUGACUACAAAUACCUUUUCUUAAUGAGCGGCUCUGUGAUUGUGAUUGGCGGGCUCUUUCUCUUGCUCAUGAACAUCUGCAACUAUUACAUGCUGGAGAGGAAGAAGCCAGCAGAGGACAGAGAGCAGAACCAAAACAACACAGAGAACCCUGACCAGAGCACCUCAGACGAAGAGAUGAAAGCAACGAUGGAACAGACUGAGCCUCAGGCUAAAGAGAAGAACGGAGCUCAGAGAGAUUCAUGUCCGGAGAAUGCAGAAACACCUAAUUAAAUCGGAAUUUAAUGUAACUCUCCAUUUAUGCGCCAUUUAAUCACUGCAGAAGAAAAGGGUUCAACAAGAUGAUCCAAUUAAAGGAGCGACAGUUGAAGCUGAAAAAAACAUGUACAAAAUGUGAUGGAAAUAUGGCAUUCCUCUUUGUAUUGUGCCAUUUGACAAAGGCUACUGUCUCCUUAUCGCUCUUGAUGUUACGUCUGUCCCUGUUUUUAGUCUCUUCAGUGGAAGUCUGCGUGAUAUAUAAGUCACAUGCUUAAUGUAUGCCAUUAUUUAUUCAGUCUGUUUCCAAUUGACUUUACUGUAUUUUGCUUUUAUUGUUCCACCAUCUUUCUACCUAAGUGUUUUUAUUUACUUUUUUCCAUUCAGGUUUUUUAUGCACAAAUUGAAAAUGCACAUAAAACAGUUGUAAACGCACUUCCACACUCAUUUAUUCUGUCGCUCAGCAUUCAUAUUUGUUUAACCAUUUAAGUAAUUUAACAAGCAACAUGAGCUGUACUCGGGCACAGCAAGCUAAAUGCUAACAUUAGCAUGCUAACAUUCUCACAGUGACGAUGCUAACAUGCUGAUGUUUAGCAGGUUUACAAUCAUACCAAUCUUCAGUGUAGUGUGUUAGCCUGUGAACGUUUACUAAUUAUCACAAAGUACUGCUGAUGCCAACGGGUAUGUAAUUAGUUUUGCAAAUAUUUUUAACAUUUAACUCUGGUGAUGGCUUUAAAUGAAGAGUCUAGGACUCGCUAACAUGGUUACAAUUGGUGCUAAGGGUAUUUAAUGUCUGCACUAAAUUAAUUUUAAUUAAUCCAAAGGUUUUUGAGAAAUUUAACUUAAAACCACAAAUGUCAAUUGCAUAGUAGUGAUAUCUAGGAGAAGUUAGAAAUCUCAAGACUAGGAUUCAUUGUCUUGGCAACAAGAAUCUCUACCAACCUUUGGUCCAGUCCUAAGUAGAUGUUGAGCUAUUUAACCGGUAAAGUGAACAUCUUAGUUUCACUAGCAGAAAAGUCAGAGGAUCACUAAAGUCAUUAGGCUUCUUCCUAGGGAGACCGUGAAUGUUUGUACAAAAUUCACAAGUCACAGGGAAUGUUGAAAUGUGCACAGCCACAUAUGAGGGUGAAUGUUUGCAGUAAGUUUUACUUCUUUCUCUCACAUGAUCACAAACAAACAAUUUUUGUCUUGUGAUUUGUAGCUGUUCAUUGCACAGUGAUCGGUCUAACGAUCUAUGAACUAAUUGGUCUAUGAACGUUUAAUUGUUCAUGUGAUGGGCAUAACCUCAUUGUGAGAUGUGUUGCACUCAUAUUGUACAUCAUAAAACCGACAAUUGGUUCAUAAACUACAGUGUGUGUUCCACAGUGAUGUAAUACCUUUUGUGUUGACAUUUACCAGUGACAUUUGUUCAAUGGGCGAGAAUGGAUUUGCAUACACUGUUAAUUGAUUCGAUGUUUAGUGGAUUUGCGCAUGUGAGUGAAUGUGUUUGUUGGAGUGAGUGACAAAAAGGUGAGAUACACUGAAUGGCAGCUUUUUGGAUUAUGUGUUCUAGAGAAUUUAAUGACAUUUUUAGUUUACUAACUUGAUUAUUAGAACUGUAUUUUAUCUUCUGGCAUCUUAUAUAUGCACAAUGUAACAUAGAUAUUCUGGAUAACACUAUAUUGUUAACCUAAAUAAAAUCCCAUUUAUUUCA